AUUGGUGACGUGUGCGACCGAGGAGGUUGGUGUCGCCGCGCCCGGCCGCUGACGCCUGCGGACAGCUGGACGUUUGCGCUGGUUUCAGGAUGACGUCACGCGGCCGCGAGGAGCUGCUCGCGCGGCUGGCCACCUUCACACCGGCGCGCUGGCCCGGAGAGCCGCUGAGCGCGCUCGAGUGCGCGCGCCGCGGCUGGCGCCUGGAGGCCGGGCCGCUGCUGCGCUGCGCCGCCUGCGAGGCGGCCGUGCCGGCGCGUCUGCCGUCCGCCGGCCGCCACCGUCUGCGCGCUGAGUGCGUGUCGCGACUGCGCCGGCUGGUGGCCGAGGGACACCGGGCCGGCUGCCGGUGGUCGGCGGCGCCGCUGUCGGCCGGCCAGCUCCGGCCGCCGCUGCCGGAGACACCCGCCGAGCGGCGCCGGCUGGCCGAGGCGGUGGCGCGCCUGGCGGCCGCCGACGUCCCGCUGCCCGCCGACUCCGCGCCGCUGGAGCCCAGUCUGGAGCCGGAGCGGAGCGCCGCGCUGCUGACCGAGGCGCUCGGCUCCGAGCCGCCGCACUCUGAGCGAGAAAUGAUUGCGCUGAGCUAUGGGCUGGCCGGUUGGGAGUUGGCGUCCAACGAGAGGUUUCUUCGCUGCACCUUCGGCUGCCGCACGUGGGACACCUCGGUCCGACCGUCGCCAGAGGACGCUGCUGUUGGAGGUCAGAAGACACCCGCAGCCGGUGACGACCUCAUUCAGAACGCGCUGGACGAGUGUGGACUGGAGGAGCUGGACUUUGAGAUGUCGGAGGAGCCGGACCAGAGGGAGGAGGGUGACACCGGCGGCACGCGGGGAGUGGAGGCGAACAGUGGUGAUGAGGGGCCUGAAGGUGCUGGAGGAGAUGUUGCGGUGGAGGGCGGUGGUGCACUGGGAUCGGAUGACGGCCCCCGGUCCCCCGAGGCUCAGGGCAGUGCUGAAGAGCGCCCUGACCCGACCCAGGCUGUCACUGCCGAAGCCGGCGACUCGGCUACACCCGGAGACGCUGUGUCCGUGCCAGUCUCUGCUGCCGAGUUCAGUACUGACCAUCCAAAGACUGAUGAUGCUGAGGAUGACGAUACCAGCUCUCAGCUGACGGCCGGGGGCGAUAGUGACCGUCCGACCUCGGCCGGGGGCGGUGCUGCCCCGUCCCCCGCCCGGCCGGAGGGGAGCGAGGAGUCGGGCUCGCCGAUCGCCGAGACCCCGGCCUCUCCCGACGAGAGCCAGCCGUCUGGCUCGGAGCGCUCCCCAGAGGUCGGCAGCGCGAGCGGCUCUCCGGACACGCCGAGGGACCGGUCUGACGGCUCCCCGGAACCGGUCGGCGGCGACGGACAGCCGGUAGAGGGCGAGGGAGCGGAGCCGGUAGAGGGCGAGGGAGCAGAGCCGGUAGAGGGCGAGGAAGCGAAGCCGGCGGAGGGCGAGGGAGCGGAGCCGGUAGAGAGCGAGGGAGCGGGGUCGGUAGAGGGCGAGGCAGCAGGGUCGGUGUCCGACGGCUCGCCGCUGCGGGAGCAGGAGGGUGGGUCGCCAGCAACGGAGGAAGGCGAGCAGGAGGAGCUGCCGGCGGUGUCUGUCGACGAUGGGGACGAGUCCGUCUCGUCGGACCGCUUGGAGGAGGGGGAUGGUGGUUCAGAGGCGGCACCGGGGUCGGACGGGGACGGUGGUUCGCAGGGAGGGGACGAGCCGCCGGUGGGUGACCGCUGCACCGACGAGUCGUCUCAGGAGAGCCGCUCCGAGGACUCAUCUGACAGUGGGGAAGAGACGCGCAUACCGGAGCCGUCGGACAGCGGAGCAGCGAGAGACAGCGUCGACCCGCCCUCUGCGAUCCUCACCACCCCCACAGCGGCGGCCAACACCACCCCCACGGCCACCGUGACCACUCCGACGGCCUCCGAGGACCCGAGCCACGCGGCCGAGACGGCCACCACGGCCGCGCUCAGCACCCCGAUCGCCGCCGACGACACGCCUCUCACAGAGCAGCAGGCGCGGCCCGGGAAGCGGCCGGCCGACUCGCCGACGGCGGGUGACUCUGCAGUGAAGCGGGCGCGCCGUCGUCCGGUCGGUCCGCUGGACGGCCACCGGUGCUGGUGCCCGUGGGUGGCCGGGGUGGACGGCGGCGAGCCGGGCUGGCGGCGCGCCGUGGCCACCCUCUCGGCGGCCGGUCAGCCGGCCGGCGAGCACUGCUGGCUCGGGGACGCCGCGCUGGACACCAUGCGCCGCGUGUGGGCCACGCUGGACCAGUGGACCUCCCCGGUGGCGGCCAAACCGGCGCUCCGGGCCUGAGAACGCCGCGCUCCCCGUGUCCGGGCCUGAGAACGCCGCACUCCCCGGGUCCCAGACUGCGGCACCCUGCGAGCGGGCAUCCCCAGUUCAAGACUUUUCCCGGUCUUCGGACCGUCUGAAAACUUGUCUCGAACCGUCGGACAGAGCACAGAAAGGCGGACUCCAUACGAGACAUAUGUCAUGUUCACUUCCAUGCUUGAGCACAGCUGGCAAUGCUAAUAAAAUACCGCAUCCGUCACC